UUGGGAAAAAGCGACUGUAUCUUGAUGCGAAUGCUGUUUGCUGCGAAAUGGAUGUAGAGCUUGAGCGUCUUGGCGGAGAUAGAAGAAAGUGUAGUGUUCUGCCGAGUCAGUUUUUUCUCGCAGAAAGAAAGCGGCAUGUUCUCCGCCACGAUCCAGCGCAACCAGUCGUGAAGGUCAUGCUCCCGAGGACUCACAGGCUUGAGGAUGAACGCUGUACCGCUGCGAACAGCAGCAAGCGUUAUGUCGAUGUAGUCUCAGCUGUGCUUGACUUUGACGUGCGAUGUCAGGUUUGUGUAGCCUGAGCCAGACUUCUUGAUGAUCUCGGGGCAGUGUUGGCACUGGUGACGCGCGUCGCCUUGACGGGGGUCGCCCAAGGGCUUGAAGAAUGCUGAGGCGAUCUCCUUGUUUGUGAU